UUUCAAAGGCAACAGUCGCUGGCAAGUCGAGCUCGAGCGAUGUGCGGCGGUCAGUGACAGAGCGGUCAGACGUAGAGCGGGGCCGCGACCCGACCGACAUGGACCGGAUAUUUCGGGGCAUAAUGAAGUACAGGCGAACGAACAGGGCGAAAAUGGUCGAGCAGUUCAUCCAAGUGAAAAACAACCCGGAGCCUAAAGCUUUAUUUUUCACCUGUAUGGACAGUCGUAUGUUACCAGCCCGAUUUACUGAAACUAAUAUUGGUGACAUGUUCAUUGUUCGAAAUGCUGGAAAUUUGAUUCCACAUUCUCAACAUUUCCUAGAUGAAUAUACUACAUGUGAACCAGCUGCCUUGGAACUAGGAUGUAUACUGAACGAUAUAAGGCAUGUGAUCGUUUGCGGACAUUCUGAUUGCAAAGCAAUGAACUUGUUGCACCUGCUCAGAGACACGGAAUUUGCUAGCAUCGAUAAUCGCCGGAUGUCACCUCUCCGAUCAUGGCUCUGUACUCACGCAAUAUCAUCUCUGGAAAAGUAUCAACAGCUAGAAGCAGCAGGCUUUGACACACCACUCAUUUUUCAGGCCGAGACACCCUUACGCAGAAUUAUUGCUUACAUUGAUCCGGAAGAUAAAUUUUCUGUCACGGAUAAAUUAUCACAGGUUAAUACUCUACAGCAGAUGCAAAAUAUUGCCAGCUACGGUUUCCUUAGGAAGCGUCUAGAGGCGUAUGACCUGCAUAUACAUGCUCUUUGGUUUGACAUAUAUACUGGAGAUAUCUAUUAUUUUAGUAGACAGAGUAAAAAAUUUGUUGAAAUAAACGAACAAAAUGUGGAUAAACUAGUGGAAGAGGUUUCUAAGUAUUAUUGCUAAGAUAAGGUGAAGUAUAUAGGUACAUCCAUCCACAUAUAUUUGACGCACAAACACACGUACACACGAAGACUUAACUUGGUGCUUAAUAUUAAUUAAAAUUUAAAACUAAAACAAAAAAAUUACUAUAAUAUUUUGCAUACAUUCCAAAACGAACAUUCCAACUAAACAAUUAUACACAUCACCGUACUUAAUUUUAUUUUAUAUAUAUCUAACUGUUAUUGUUAAUUUUUAAUCAAAGAGAUUUUGAUCUCCAUCUAUAACGUUAUUUUUAUUUUUCAUGUGUAUUUAUAUAUAUAUAAUUAUUGUUUUUAAAUUUU